AAGGAUGAGCAGAGCGAUGGAAAACUACUCAAGAACACAGUCACCAAGAAAACAGAUCAAGGUGCCAUCAAAAAGCGAAAGGCCGAUGCAGAUAUCGCAAAGAAACAGGUCAAAAAGCCUGCACCCAAAUAUGAUCCAUCGUCUUCGGAAUUAGGUGUAGUGGUAUCGACAAGGGCCGAGCCCCACCCAAAAUUCGGCCGAGCAACUGGUGUUGCACAGUGCGGCUUCCUUACGAAGCUGGCUCCAGUAGUCACCGGCGAAAGCUCUCAGAUGCAAGCAACGAAGGAGUCUCCCAAACCUGUCGUCUCAAGUGAAAAUAUCGAACUUCCAGAUAUUAACAGCGAAUAUUCGGACUCGGAUGAUGAGGAUCGUCCACGCUCAUUUGAUCUUCCUGAAUGGGCUCACACUCCAGAGCUUAAUGAAGCUCUGCAGGUUCAAAGCAGACUUAACCCGGAUGAUGUUUUUGGCGUUAUUCGACCCUUGAGGAUGGAGGAAAUGUUUCGAACAAAACAAAGCCGAUUCAGGGCUAGGACCAGCUCCGCUAAUUGGUUUGGCACAGAUAAGUUGACCCUAGACGAAGAGAAGGAGUAUGCAAGGAGGAUGGGGUUCAGAUAACGAUUAUUUUAUGUUGGAGUAUGAACAUAGAUUGGGCAAUAUAACACACCGCUCAUUGCCCCAAAAAAAAA